AGAACAUUACGUAAUCAGUGGUUUCUGCGUCCAGACCGUGCCCAUGGACUUGGGGAUUCGCACACCCUGCGGCCCACCACCGCGGUGGGAGAGGCCUCUGCCGCAACGAGGGUGCGCUCCGCUGCUUAGCUGGGAGUGUGCAGGAGGAGAUGGCCUUCGCCGUCACGCCGCUUCGGGUGCCUGCUGGCCUGGGCCUGGGCGGAUGGAGGCGGAGCCCGGGGGCAGCUCCUCCGCGGGUUCCCGUCGUCCUGGCGACGUCUAGCGCAGUCAGCGGCGAACGGACCCCGCCGACGUUCGGGCGCCUAAGGGAGGAGCUCCUCCAGCUCCACGCCGAAGCCGACCUCACCCAAUCCAAAGCAAAUAGCGCGAGGGUAAGGCUUGUGCGGUUGACUGAGGCUGCUGAGAAUCUUAAGAAACGAGCCGCAACCAGUGUCCGAAUGGGCAAAGAGAACGAGGCUGUGGAUUUACUUGUGCAGAAGAAGAAAUUGACCAAAGCCCUGGAGAACAUUAAAGAGCGCAUUGAGGUGCUUGACAGGCUUUCGUCAAAGAUUAGUGAGGUAAUUUCGCUGAAGCAAAACAUGUUAAUUGAGUACGCGUUGCGUCCAGGGACAUCUAAUGGUGAUAACUCUGACGAGAAGAUAAGGGUUUUCUCCAGUACAGUCAAUGAUGGAACCAAUGGGGCUGAGAGUAGCGAUUCGUAUCCAAAAUCAGUUGCAAAGGAAUCUUUUGAAUUGAGAAAGGAGGCACGUGCAAUUGCAAGCAUGGAUGGCCACCCUGAGCAAAAUGCACUUCAGAUGUCCGAUAGCUUCUCAUUUAUAAACAAUCCUGACCCAGCAAACAACAUAAAGAAUCAUUCUGCAUUUGAUGGCCUUAUAGAGCAUAUUAAUUUACAGAUGAAAUCAUUGGAAUAUGAAAUAGAACAGUUCAUCAGUUCACAGUCAGUCGAAGAGGUGGGCAGUGAGAAGCAGAGGAGUGACAAGUGGCAAAGGUUAUCUGACAUACAGAUGCUUGUAAAGGAAACUAGAGAAAAGAUUGCAACGAUUUUGGGUAUGGCAGUAGAAGAGACUGAAUCUGGGGACUUAAGAUGAUAGCAAACCACAAAACAGUGAAUUGGCGGCAUCCAUCCCCCAUCAGUUUCGUGGGUACCCAAGACCCAAGCUAAGAAUGGCUUAUGAGUAGUUGGAUCUUGCAAGUUGUUUCCGUGCUUUGGGAUGGUCCAUUGGCUUUUAGGUAGUGCCAUAUUCUGCAGGACUCUGCCGCCUAACAACUAGAGGGAAUGUGGAGUUACCUUCUUCUCUGGAUGGAAACAUAUCGAUUUGUUACUGUGCUGAGAUCUCACUGUCGGCGAUGGAUAUACUGAUAUACAGUACAGAUAGCACCUACUGAAAGCUUCUCAAGAUGUAAAAUCUUGACCGGAGGAGCUUGGUUGCUGAUCACAUCAGUAUCUAUGGGUGCUCGUUAUCUCAUGUGGACCUUGGUUGAAGGGAGCCUGUUCCAGGUCAUCCUCUCUUGCGUGCAUUUGCAUGUAGAGAAGACUGCAGUCAAGUUGUACACGACCUGUCUAGAUAUUUCCCGAAGACUUGAGAAUUCCAAUUCCAAGCGAUGCUUCAAGCUUUCUGACAUUAGUGCAGUUGAUGAUAAAUUUCAUUAUUUCAAGAUGGGUAUCUAUACCUAGUAUAUAUAAAAAGGACAAUCCAUGGAGUACUAAAUGAGAAUGUGAGAUUGUUAUUGUUUCGUUUGUGGGGCUGAAAUUUAGCUUAUUAUUAUGCUGA